CCGGCCUUAGCGCGGGCCGGCAAUCACUGCACCCACCCGCCGCCUGCUGGCUGAGUAUUUUUCCGCGCGUCUUUCUCCUAAGGUCCUGAAUCUCUUCCAGUCACUCUCCCUCCGCUCUGGUUUGUCGUCUUCUGAGGCGUCGAGGGGAUACUCCUGAGAGAGGCUCCCUUCGCGCACGCGCGCAACUAUUUGGCGCGGUUAAUUAAUGUCGCGCGCCCUGCCUGGCGGGGCCUUAGCCCUCUGGCUUUCUGCCCUCGCGUCACUGAGGCCACUAGACUUGGCCCCUCCCCUUUCCCCGGACACCCCUACCCCCCUCUCCCGCGGAGGCUGGCCUCGCCCGUUACACCGCCUCCGGUCCGCGCCCCGCGCUUUCAACUCUUCCAGGCGCCCCUUUGCUCCCUUCGCGGUCGGGACGCUACGCUCGGGGGCCCGGGCUGAAACCCCACUUCGCUGAGACCCCAGCCUCCGCUCAGCUCCCGCUCGGGACCAUGACCUCUGAGGUGGCGCGGCAUCUGAGGGAGAGAGAGCAGGGGAGAGGAGCAGGGAGAGAGAAUCUUACCCAGACGCCCUGCUCAGCUCUGGCCCGAGGCAGAACUGGAUUCCAGGACCCUGGAAUCAUGACCAGAGAGGAAGAGUGGCAUGCUCAACCACUGAGCCACCCAGCUCUUUCAGUCUCACAUGCCAACAAAAACAACUUGUCCAUCCUCACAAGUAUCUGAUGAUGAACAGAAACAAAAAAGAGAAAAUACUCGUUCUUUAACUAUGUCUGGCCAUGUUGGUUUUGAGAGUUUGCCUGAUCAGCUGGUUAAUAGAUCCAUUCAGCAAGGCUUCUGUUUUAAUAUUCUCUGUGUGGGGGAAACUGGAAUUGGAAAAUCAACAUUGAUUGACACACUGUUUAAUACUAAUUUUGCAGACCAUGAAUCCUCACAUUUUUACCCACAUGUUAGACUUAAAGCUCAGACAUAUGAACUCCAUGAAAGUAAUGUUCGAUUGAAAUUGACCAUUGUGAAUACAGUAGGAUUUGGUGACCAAAUAAACAAAGAAGAAAGCUACCAACCAGUAGUUGACUACAUAGAUGCUCAGUUUGAGGCCUAUCUCCAAGAAGAGCUAAAGAUCAAGCGUUCUCUCUUUAAUUACCACGAUUCUCGCAUCCAUGUGUGCCUCUACUUCAUCUCACCUACAGGUCACUCUCUGAAGACACUGGAUCUCUUAACAAUGAAGAGCCUUGACAGCAAGGUGAACAUUAUACCAGUGAUUGCCAAAGCAGAUAUAAUUUCUAAAGCUGAAUUACAGAAGUUUAAGAUCAAGCUCAUGAGUGAAUUGGUUAGCAGUGGUGUCCAGAUAUACCAAUUCCCAACAGAUGAUGAAACUAUUGCUAAAAUCAAUGCUUCAAUGAAUGGACAUUUGCCAUUUGCUGUUGUAGGAAGUAUGGAUGAGGUAAAAAUUGGAAAUAAGAUGGUCAAAGCUCGCCAAUACCCUUGGGGUGUUGUACAAGUGGAAAAUGAAAACCACUCUGACUUUGUAAAGCUCCGAGAAAUGCUUAUUUGUACAAACAUGGAGGAUCUGCGAGAACAGACCCAUACUAGGCAUUAUGAACUUUACAGGCGUUGCAAACUGGAGGAAAUGGGCUUUACAGAUGUGGGUCCAGAGAAUAAGCCGCUCAGUCUUCAAGAGACCUAUGAAGCCAAAAGACAUGAAUUUUAUGGUGAACGUCAGAGGAAGGAAGAAGAAAUGAAGCAGAUGUUUGUGCAGCGAGUAAAGGAGAAAGAAGCCAUAUUGAAAGAAGCUGAAAGAGAGCUACAGGCUAAAUUUGAGCACCUUAAAAGAGUUCACCAAGAAGAGAGAAUGAAGCUUGAAGAAAAGAGAAGACUCUUGGAAGAAGAAAUAAUCGCUUUCUCAAAAAAGAAAGCUACUUCAGAGAUAUACCAGAACCAGUCCUACAUGGCAUCAGGCAGCAACCUGAAGAAGGACAAAGACCGUAAGAAGGAUCCAGGCUAUCGAUUUGAACUCCUGUGCUUUGAUGUCAGAGCUUGUGAAAUCAAUGGUGGACGUAAAGAUGCAGAGGAAGCUCCAAUUUUAUGUAAAACAAAGGUUCCAGAUCAUAGAAGGUCAUCACAAGCAAAAGUUAUUAAAAUGUUAGAAGUAUGCUCGGAUUUUCUUGCUGUUUUAAUUUUCUGUAUCACUUAUUCUAUAUCUGGCAAAUGGCCACAAAUGGCACUUAAAUGCUUUUAAGUAUAAAGUUAAUAUAUAAGCCACAGUGAAUGAUAUCAUUUAUAUAUUCACUGUUGUUAGAGGUUUUCAAGUUGCUGGUUUGUGAUGAAUGUAGAUCAUUUUUCCUGCUGCCCGGUUAUUGUCACUUACAUGCAUUGUACCAUGGAGCAAAGUGUCAAUGACAUUGAAAAUACAGAACUCAUUCAUUGUAUGGCUAUCUGAUUGCAUUUAUAUUCCAAGAGGAACUCCUUUUUUGUACAUACCAAAGGUAAAAUUUGGGAAAUAUGUUUUAAAAUGUAUUAUAUACCUGAAGCUCUAAUCUCUUAAUAGUUUUAUAGAAGUUUUUAAUUUUUGUACCAUUAUCCAAUUGAUAACAUGAUCCUACGCUUUUGUAUGAAAUUAUGUAACAUGAUGGCCUUCUAUGCUUCACUAUACCUUAUUGUGGUUGAAGUAUUGUUGUGAUGGAGCAAGAUAUGUUUGAAAGUAAUAACAUCCAGGUAUAAAUCCCUUUUCUAGUGAUGAGUACCUUUGAAUCUGGGGUGUUGCCACUCUAUUUCAUUAGGAUAUUUUAUAUGUUUAAAACUGUCUUCCAGGGAAAAAAAAAUCAUAAGGUUGAAUUGUCUUAUUAAAAAUACUUCUUAAGAAAAUAUCUGUCAGCAUCUGAAUAUUAAAGAUAUAAAAAUUUAGAUAACUCAUAUAUUGAGAUAUUUGAAUUCAGUGCCUUCAUAGUAUUCUUAGAACAAUUGGAUGCCUUCUAACUUUUUCUUAACAGUCAUAGGUAUAUAAUUUUUCACUUUUGUACUUGAAUAUCCUAAAUAAAAUAUCCUCUUGACAAAUAAAAUAUAUCUACGUAUUUACUAAAAUUGGUUUAAAAUUACUUUAACUUUUCUUUUUGCAAACUGUCAUCUUAAAGAAACAUUUUGUCAAAAUUAGUUCAUUUAAUCAUGUGUUUGAAUUAUUUUAAGACAGAGGUGUAUAUUACCAGUAUUUUUCAGAAAACAAAAUAUUUUACUUAGCCUAUGUCAGAUUCUGAGCAGUGUAUAUUUUCAUGAAAUUAUAUAAGUUGCAAAUAAAACCUUUCAUUUCAUAGCAUAA